CGAUCCAUUCCGAGCUCAGAGAAAUGGCCUGACACAUCGUGCCAAAAAAACGCAACCAAAUCCCGACGAUUCAAUUUGUACGACAUCACCCAACCCGUCUUAUCCACGACACAAUCAAUUGCAACCGCCCAAGUCGCCCUCCAACUCGCCUUCAUCCCAAUUGGACCCAUCUCCACUCCUUCCGCCUCUCCGGAUCACAGACAAAAUGAUGCGAACUUCGCUCCUGCGCGCCACCCGAGCUGCUGCUCCUUCAGCACGCCUCGCCAUGGUCCAGCGGGCCGCCGCCUCGACACACGCCAUCUCGAAUCCUACUCUGGCCAACAUUGAGAAGCGAUGGGAGGGCCUGCCUCAGCAGGAGCAAGCCGAGCUCUGGAUGGCUCUCCGAGACCGCAUGAAGGAGAACUGGGCCGAUCUUACCGUCAACGAGAAGAAGGCUGCCUACUGGAUUGCUUUCGGUGCUCACGGUCCCCGUGCCCAGCCACCGGCCGAUGAGGGCCGCAAGGUCGCCCUUUACGUUGCCAUCGGUGUUGGUGUUUCUUUCGCCCUCUUCGCUACCAUGCGCAUGUUCGCCAAGCCUCCUCCUUCCACCAUGACCAAGGAGUACCAAGAGGCCACCAACGAGUUCGUCAAGAACCAACGCGCAGAGCCUCUCACCGGUAUCUCAUCCCCUGGCUACUCGGGCAAGGGUAUGGUUCAGUCGCCCCCCAAGCACUAAGCGUGCUACCGCUGCUGCAUCGACAGCUACUACUCUACUAAUGAUGACUCGUCGAUACCGAUAAAAAUCAAUAUACCAAUCUAUCUCAUUUUCCCUUUGUCAUUAGAAAGGAGCAAGCUCGAGAAGCAAGGCAGGGUCGGGGGGCGCGAUACAGCGGUCCAGUGUACAAAAGCAAUCCAACUGAAAGAAGAUUACUAGAGUGGCCGGGCUGCCUGAUUUGGCUAUCUGAUAACUAUGAGCAAAAUUAUUGGAGAAGAGCGAUGCAGCUGAAUGACUGCCCCGUCCUAACAAACACCAGAUAGCGUCAUGGCGAUCGGGGACGUUGUACAUAUGUACCAGUGGAAAUUUUAUAUUGUUCAGAAAA